AGCAACCAUUGCAUCCUGUUUUUUUUUUUUUUUUUUUUUUUUUGUCAAUGUUUGAACUUCACUUACUUUAUAAACUUUAACUCUCCUCCGUUAAAUGUAAACCACCGAAAUUUGCAUGAAUUCAAAAUAAGCGUGGCGGUGUUGUUUCUCGAAAUCAGACUGCCUGCAGCUCAUGCUGAGAGGGGCUCACUUGUACAGUGGCAUCUUUUGAUGAACGUUUCUGCCCCACAGGCAAAGAUAUCAUAGCUACACCCGAGUGUACAUCUAAAUACCUCUCUGUUGCAGAAAUCCUAAAAAUGGCACAGAAAUGGAACGUUAAGAAAAACAAAACACAUCUUUAGGUGGAUAUCUGUUACUCUACACCUAAAUAUGUUUGCACUUGUUGUACAAGAGUGUAAUUAAUUCCAGCUUCAUUUUUAUUGCACAGACAGACAACUUUAAAGCUGUCAGCCCUCCCCCCCCUCUUGUCGGGGACUUUGCUGUGGUGAAGUGACACCUCUGCUUUGUGUGAUCCUGACACCCAGCAGUAGUUUGAGCUACAUAUGAAAAGAAGGUAAAGAGAGAGAAAACAAGAUCAGAGAUACAAGGUUUUCACAAUUAACUGUGUUCCCCGACACGUUCCACAGCUGAACGCAGAACAAAGUGCUCUCAGGGAGAAACACUGGAAAAUAAGAUUCAGUGGCUGCUGUGGAAUCAAAGGGGAAAUGCAUAACAGAUGAGAGGGGUUUGCUCCCUCCCCUCUCUUUGUCGGUCACAUCCCUGCAGAGCAGAUCUUCCAACACACAACCUGUCUGAAAAAAAAAAAAAGCUGUUAGAAUCCUUCAGGUGCUGUCGGAAAUUAUAUUAUUACAGCCAGAGGGCACGUGGACGUUUGAGAAAGUAAAUGAAGUCAAUGGUGUAGCCAAUAAAAACAAUAAGCAACUGCCAGGAUGGCUGAGCAAUAAGUAGUCCUGCAAAACAAACAAAAGAGGCAUUAAUUUACUGACAUUAGUUAAACUUAACUGAAGCUGAAGGAGAUUUUAGUAAGUAGAAGAGAAAGUAGUUCUUCAGGCAGAUAUGAACGAAAGCAUCCAAACUUACAAAAAGGCACGCACACUGCUGCAGCACUUGGCUUCAUUAACUAUAAUCCAAACACUGAGGUGAUUUCAUUUCUCCAGCGAGCAUCAACAGCCCUACAGAGUGUCUGCAGAAUACCAACAUUUGAUGGCUCCAGGCAAAAGCCGAAGUACACGCUUUUUAGAGACCAGGGGAUUAUGUAAAGUGGUUAAUAAAGAAAAUAUUAAGUAGAUUAAGCAAUACCCAUUGUCUGCAACUUGGAUUCAAAUUAUUCUCAACUACUGAUUAACAGGUUUAAAUUUGAGCCUGAGGGAUGCUGGAUUAUUGGGGCCAAGGUGGAUGUUUAUGCUACAUACAAUAUACUUAUAAGGAAAGUAAUGAUUGUUUAGAAACUAGUCUCUAACUUGCACAAUAAUUAGCUAAUAUCUUCUUCUACCUUAUCCUCUGAAAAACAAAAGCCAUGCAAAAAAAAUACAUAUAUAUAUUUUUUAAAUUCACAAUAUUUUUCAAUGACGUAUUUGUUUAUUGAAGGAACUAAGAAAAGGAACUUGGGACACCGGCAUCCUUGGACAGUAUUUGUACUUUAUUACAACAUGUUACAGAAUUUUACCCAUGUGUCUGUCUUACACUGGUCAGAUUAUCCAAUGAGCAUUCUGGGCACAGAAAGCAGCACGUGAAAUCUAUUUUUAUUACCAAAAGUAUUUGCAUAUUUAUAUUUUCGUGUCAUCCCAUAUACUGAUGGAGUAAAAGGACUGAGACGAGGAAUAAACAGCAACAGUAGCUACACAUAAUCCUGAUGAAAAACAAUUAAAAAAAAGCACAAGCUGUUUCAUUUUCCACUUAAUAACAGAUACUUUAUAGUUUUGGUUCUGCCUUUACAACGGUCUUAAUUCUUCAUAGCAUGGAUUCAACAAAGUUCUGGAAACGUUCCUCUCAGACUUUGGUCCAUGUUCCCACGAUAGCAUCACAAAGCUGCAGCUGUGCUUCUGCUGUGUUCUGUGCUGGCAGGUGACACCUAGUGUGCUCUUCUGCAGCUCUAGUGCAGCCGCUUCAAUGUUUUAGGAUGUGUUAUGUGUUCAGAGAUGCUCUUCUGCAUAACUUUGUUGUAACUUGUGGUUAUCUGAGUUGCUGUUGCCUUCCUAGCAGCUCAAAGCAAUCUGGCCAUUUUCCUGUAACCUUUGGUAUCUUCCAGAGAACUGCUGCUCACUGGAUGUUUUCUCUUUCUCUGACCGUUUUCUGAAAACCUUAGAGAUGACCGUGUUGGGAAAUUACAGUAGAUCAGCAGUUUCUGAAACACUCAGACCAGCCCAUCUGGCACAAACAACCACGCCACCUUCAAACUCACUUAAAUUACCUUUCUUCCUCAUUCUGAUGGUGGCUUUGAACUUCGGCAGGUCGUCUCGACCACGUGGACAUGACAUUGGAAUUGGCUGACUUUUAAUUUGUACCCAGGGAUCCCCCACAUAACAACCUAUCACGUGUUAAUAAAAACGCUCUUCUGCGGGUGCUUUUUGCAAAAAUAAUAUAAAAUUAAUCGACAUACAAUAACGCGGGCGCGAUAAGUCACUCAGAACGGGAGAGUGGGGGAAGUUCCGAGCAGGCCGUGAACUCCUCAGCAGUACUGGUCGGGAUGGAGCUGCGGCGCUGCUGCUGUUGUUUUCUCUCCGCCGCACGUUCAUAUUAACUGUCAACCGACGGGAGCAGCUCGGGACCCUCUGCGCGGAGAAGCACCGUGAAUGGACUACCACAGACAGCGCUGGGGCUCGCCUUUAUCCCUCCGCCGAAGAGAAGACAAGAAAACAUCAAAUUAAACAGCUGCAGCAUCUGUCAACCUUUGCAGUCUAGAAAAACGCGCGGGUGCAGUAAGAAAAACGGCGCGCGCUCACUGAUUAGUAUGUAGACAAGUCGCUAAUUAACUGGUAAUUACACAAGUAGUAUUUAAACCCGCCUGUGCGCCUCGCGUGUCUGCCAGGAGUCUAAAAUUAGACCGAGGCAGAGCCGCCGGAGGACGCGGUAGUAUUUAUUUAGUAGUUGGUUGUUGUUGUUUUUUCGUUUUUCAUUAACGCACCUUGGAUUCCUGCCGUUACCACAAAGCAAGUGUGGAGCCGAGGACGAGGUCCAAACAAUUCAAGUCAGACCUGAUUAGGAGAGAGAGAUGACCCUUGUUUUGUCCAUGAAUCCUUUCCUGGACCCAGAGGGAGACCCUCCGCUCUCCACUUACCAGCCCAUAUGGGAGUCGGAGCGCUGCACUAAGACCUGCCUGUCAAACCCCGCACCGCCAUGCAGCUCCGAAGAACAAUUCACUCCAGAGUCAUCCUGCAGACGAGUUCCUGAUCAUAUUUCAAUGUCGAGGAUCGCGUACUUCAAGAGGAAGUUUGUUGAUGAUGAUGAUGAGGCACCCUUUAGCUUCAGGACAUACUGCCAGACUGUUGCACCGGUUCUGGAGGAGCGUGCCCACGUGCUGCGCCUCUCCCUGGAGAAGAUGCGAUUCAUCGACGACCCCGAGGCAUUCCUCCGCCGCUCCGUUCUUGUUAACAACCUCCUUCGGCGUCUGCGAGCAGAGAUCCUGCUCCAGAGCACUGACUGGUGCUUUCCGCCCAAUCCAGCGUUUGCCUCUGGCCCUUGCAUCCUGCCUCCCAGCACUAACCCCGCUCACCAGGCACUCCACAGAGCAGUGCCCGCCCGCAUCUGCUUAGCGCCCCAAGCCGGGCCGCCCUUACGCAAACGUUUCCGAAUGGUCCGUGGGGGACAGGGGGAUCUUCGCCCUGACUGUGCACAGACAUGCUGCUGCAUCUACGCCGCGGCGGCCGCCGCAGGACACUACCUCCACCUCCCAUUCUCCAUGUACGAUGCAGCGCUCUCCUGCUCGUCUGCACCGCACUCCUCCUCGUUUUUUCAGCUGGCCAGCCAUAGUAAGUUAGGGCUGGCAGUGGCCGUGGAUGAUCGUGAUGAUGAGGAUGACGAUGUUGAGGAAGAGGAGGAAAAUGAGGAGGAGGAAGAAGAGCGGGAGGAAGAGGAGGAGGACGAGGAAGACGAUGAUGAAAGAAGACAAGCGGGGCCUUCGGUUGAUGUCGUUAGCAACAAAUCAAGCCAGAAAAGUAGGACUAGGACCCUGCUAGGUGAUGCACACGGGAGGACAGAGGACAGCUGCAUGACAGAUAGGGUGGAAGAAGAGGAGGGAGAGCAGGAGGAAGAAGAGGAGGAAGAGGAGGAGGAGGAAGAAGGCGUGAGACAGUGCCAGUGGGACUGUACUGCAACAGAAAGAGGGCCACACAAGCUGAGCUUUUGGCAUCGGAGGGCUCACAGACAAUAAUUCAAUAGCAUUCUAAGUCUCCUAAAAAUGUAAUGAUGACGACAACUGUCUCAUAACAGAUUAAGGUGGAAGCUACCUACACUAUAGAAAUGCCAAGUCAGCUUUAUUUUAAUGGGUUAUUAUACUUCAGGGUACACAGACACAGCUGUCAUUAGCAUUAGUGAGAUGAAGAAAAACAGCCUCUUCUUGGCCUCUGUUGGCACUGCACACAUUUCUCAAACAAUUAUAAAGACCAAGGUCACAUAUGGCGGGGUCUAGGUCCCCAAAGUGAAGUGAAGCUUGCUAUUGCACUGUCUGCAAGACCAUUUUCAAGCCCCACAGCACAAAGGAAAAGGUCUCAAAUGGGGCUUUUUUAUUGGUGCGACGGUCUCGUUUCAGGACCCUAAACAAGCCUAUGAAAUAAUGGGUUGUGGAUCUGGGAGUGUGUGUUUGCUUCUGUGUGUGUGUUUGCAACAUAAUAUGUAGCAUUUAAAAAAAAACUUGAUUCUGAGCUGUUGUUUUUAUUAAUAAAUCGGGGUGGGGGGGGGUCACACAUGAUUAUGCGUGACUGCUGAUUUUGACGCUGACUCAGGCUAUGGCGCGCGACUGUGCGGCGGCGGCGGCACAAUAUCGUUUAUUCUUCAGAUUACUUUAAAACAACACAAUCAUGAACAUUGUUAAAUCACAUUUUCAAAGUGCCUUAGUGUUUUUAUAGAUUCAUGUAUAUGGCGUGUUUAUGUAUUUGUUCUUGUUUUUACGUAGCUAUCUCGCAUUCCAAGCGACUGCGUUUGACUAAAACAGGACACGGGCAUGUAGUUAAAUGCAGGGAUGUUAAAAAAAUGUUCAACUAAAUUUAGACACCUGAAAAGUGUUUUUGUUUUUUUUGUACUUUGGAAUGCAUGUUUUCUAGCACCUCCUCUUCUGACAAAGCACAAACGUUCUGCAAACUUUGAAGGAGCGAUGUUUAAGCCUUUAAAUGCUAAAUGUUUAAAGACCUCAUUUAUACUCGUCAUAUCCGACCGGGGAAGGUUUGUUGUUGGUUUACCAAAAAUCACGUGAAUCUAAAAAACAUAAAACUGGAUCACACACUCAGAAUUUAAAGAUUUUGUUGACAGCAUGAUAAUUAGAUCCUGUAAAUAUAUAUAGAGAGCAAUGUUGGUUUUGUUUGUUUGUUUUUUUUUAAGAUUUCUGGUUGGAUGGUGGAUUUGUUUCCUUUGCACAGAUCCAGUCCUCCCAUUUAUGGUGUUUAUGGUCAGCUGUAUGACACGCUAACUGCUAACACCUUCUGAUUUAAUCUCUUGAAAAUAAAACAAUAAGUAUUUUCCAAAAUGAUGAACUGUGAUUAUGACUGAACUCUGAAAGUAUGCCCAUCCUCUCGAGAGUCACGUCUGUGUAUGUGCCCUCAAGUUUUCUUGCGUCUUUGUGCAUCGGAAAUCAAGCACAAUGUACUCAAAGCACAUUGAUUGGGGAGAAAUAUGUCAGGCCAAUGUGAAAUACAUACACUUGAUUCAAAACUAAGGACAGGCACUGCACCAAACCAGCUCUCACACUUAGGAGACUAAUCGUGGGGGUCUUGUUUGAUGCUGUGUCUCGUUUGCGAAUUCUGAGGAUCAGAAACUGAAGCCAAAGCUGUUAAAAAAAAAUGGACAUAAAAUAUCCAGUUGUUGUAAUUUCCUUUUUCCCAUGAUAAUGACCUUAAGGCCCAAAGGAUUUGGAUAGAUACAUUUACAUUGUUAGGUAGAGUCACCCACAUUCAACCGGAAAAAAAGGAAUUUAAAACACCGAAACCCAUUCCCUAUCAGCGGUAAUCUUAAAAAUGGAAGACGGAGCAAUGUUUUUGUGUGAAUCGAGAACAUGUAACUGCAUUGUCUUAUUAAAAAUAACAAAAGAGCAAGCCUGCUCUGGUAAUUUUGUGUGAUGUUCUGUGACAAGUGUAAAGCUCAGUAAAAGAAAUGUUGAAAAAACA